ACUUCAACGCUCAAAGAUGUUGUGAAAACCAAAAACACGUCCGGUGACUCAAACAACUUAAAAAAAAGAAUGCUUUCGUAAAAGAAAAGGUAACAUUUGCCGAUCACCUAUAGCUGAAGCUGUUUUUACCUAUUUAGUUAAAAAAAGGAAAUUGGAGGAGGCUUGGAGUUGUGAUAGCGCGGCUUUAGGGCGAUGGCACGAAGGUAAACCACCCGAUUAUAGGGCGAGGAAGGUUCUAUGUAAACACAAAAUCCGUUAUUACGGAGUAUCGAGAGUUAUUUGUCGGAAUGAUUACAAAGAAUUUGACUUCAUAUUGGGAAUGGACCUAAAUAAUAUAUCGCUUUUAAGAGAUGAAAAAGGGAAUUCGAAAAAUUGUAAAGCCCAAAUCAUGCUUUUGGGGGAAUUCGACCCCAACGGAGAAAAAAUUAUAGAAGACCCUUAUUACGACCAGGGAAUUGAAGGAUUUGAGAAGUGUUUCCAACAAUGUUUUAGAUCGUGUGAAGGAUUUUUAGAUAAAUAUUCAUUAAGAACAUACAAAUAAAACUGCCUUAAUAACAUAACCUCUUUCUUAUAAAUUUUAAUUAUGAACAUAGAUGGCGCCACAUAAUUUCUUUUUGACAGAUUAAAAUUUAACCUCAAAAUGAAAAAGGUUUUAUUUAUUUGUUUGGGUAAUAUUUGCAGAUCACCCAUCGCCGAAGCCGUUUUCGCCCAUUUAAUUAAGCAGAGAAACUUGGAAAAUGCUUGGAGCUGCGAUAGCGCCGCUUUGGGGGGUUGGCACGAAGGAAAUCCCCCCGAUCAUAGGGCAAGAAAGGUUUUAUCGAACCAUAAAAUCCCUUAUAAUGGAGUUGCAAGACAGAUUUUCUCUGAGGACUACAACGACUUCGAUUUUAUCCUUGGAAUGGAUGAAAACAACAUUUCGAGCUUAAAAGGAGAUGCUCCGCAAAAUUGCAAGGCCAAAAUCCUUCUUUUGGGGGAUUUUGACCCAAACGGAGAGAGAAUAAUUCGUGAUCCUUAUUACGACGAUGGGAUUGAGGGGUUCGAAAAAUGUUUCGAGCAGUGUGUAAGAUCAUGUAAUGGAUUUUUAGAUCAACAUUCCUCAUAAAUACAGGCAAUUCGGUUCCAUUUUCACCAACAUGAGGUGCCAAGUGGGAAAUCAUUAAAAAUAAAGGCUCAUUUUCGUUGUGAUUUUCAAUAAUUUCAAUUACUUUUUCGUUUAAAACGUCCAAAAUGUAUCGAUUUGUGGCAUCAUAGCAAGUUUCGUUGUUUUUAUGAAGAUCGUAACCUAAAAAAUCCUUAAAUAAAGCGAUUAAAAUAAA